AGUAUAGCGCUCAGCGAGUGUCGGACGCUCGACUAUAUAGUCGACGACCUUAGUAUUCUUCGUUUUUCUUUUCUAUUCGUUUAAUUUACCGCUCGGACCUCAGGACUUUUAAACAUGAAAUGUGUCGUCCGUGAGUGAGUUCGGGUGUUGCUAUGUUCAACCGGUUUUUAUUUUGACAGUGUCAACAUCACGUGCGGAAUCAAAUUAUUACCGGUUCCGGAGUUUUCAAGUGUUUAUAAUACAUACGAGGCCUUCGAUUACCGCAGGUAGAGUUUGCCUGAUUGUCAAACGGUGCGAUAGUGUCUCUAAGUGAUAAAUAGGUACCCACGUAAAGAAGUCUCACUGGUAUAACUGGUAAAGUUUAUGGUGGUUUGCCUUCGGUGUUGUUUAACGGAAAAGUUCGCACAGUUCUAUUCUAAUAGGACUCUUCUCGGAAAGUAUUGAGAAGUGCGUGAGUCGGAAAGUGAAUUCUUGACGUGCUUACAACUUAAAAACAUAACCUAUUUCAAAGUGGGCGCGUGUUGUACGGGCAUGCGCAGUUCGGACCAUACAAAUUAUUAAUAAGUGCUUCAUAAUUUUAUAAACAAACAUCAACGUUGUGGUUACACUGUGCUGUGGUGCGUCGUUAAGUAUAAACGCACGAGUGUUUGCCGGUUCCGCGCCGACAGUCAACGGAUCACAUUAAAAUAUUUUGGAUUUUUUAAAUUGAAGAUAACGUUCACCUGUGGGAUUUCGGUGUUUUACCUGCGCGCGCAAGGAAUCUCUUUACAAGGUUGGCGCAGCUAUGAUGUCCUGUCCCCUGCCACUGCCGCUGCUACCGGCGGCGUUACAUCCACAGCCAGCGUUGGCAUCAGAUUUCCCCAUUCACAUUGGAAUUAAGGACCAGCUCUUAUCGUGAACUACGAAGAGGACUGUACGAACUUAAAAAAAAAGUAGUGUUAAAGAAAUUAAGUGCCUAAAACUUGGCGUUGAGGGAGUCCGUCUGCCGUUAGUGAUCAACCUACAUAUUGCGUGAAAUGGUCAAGAGAGGCUCAGACGAGCUUCUUUCGCAGAGUGGCGUCACCGUCAUGGCGCCCGCCGCUCCCCACCACGCCGACAAUAACAACCAAGACUCCGCCGCCAAAAAGGUGAAACUGGAACAAAAUGUGGGCAAACCGUCCCGCGUUAUCCACAUACGGAACAUCCCUAACGAAACUACGGAGGCAGAGAUCAUACAGCUUGGCUUACCAUUCGGCAGAGUCACAAACGUUCUCGUGCUCAAAGGCAAAAAUCAGGCGUUCCUCGAAAUGGCGGAGGAGAUCUCGGCAGUGGCAAUGGUGGCGUAUUUCGGCGGGUGCGUUGCGCAGCUGCGCGGGCGCGCUGUCUACGUCCAAUUCUCCAACCACAAAGAGCUCAAGACAGACCAGACGCACAGCAAUGCUUCGGCGUCGGCACAAGCAGCGCUGCAGGCAGCGCAAGCCAUCUCCAACAGCGCAGGAGCUGCACUCGUAGCGGGGGCGGGCGCCGCCCUUCAACCCGCUAAUGGAGGCACCGAGAUACAAGGUGGCCCAAACACAGUGCUACGCGUGAUAAUUGAACACAUGCUAUACCCGAUAGUGCUCGACGUACUGUACUCAAUCUUCCAACGCUACGGAAAAGUGCUCAAGAUCGUUACAUUCACAAAAAACAAUUCAUUCCAAGCACUUAUCCAGUAUCCAGACACUGUGUCAGCGCAAACAGCGAAAACGGCUUUGGAUGGGCAAAAUAUUUACAACGGGUGCUGUACUCUGCGCAUCGAUUAUUCAAAGAUGACCUGCCUCAACGUGAAAUACAAUAAUGACAAGUCGCGGGAUUACACCAAUCCAACGCUACCAUCAGGCGACGGUGAUGCGCACCAACUGUUGACCAGUGGCGGUGUACUAGCACCUCAGUUCUUGGGUUUGGGUUCAGGACUGACCUCUCCGUAUGGAGUGGGCGUGGGAGGUGUUGGUUUGCCUGCAUUCGGCGCUCUUACUUUGACCCCAGCCUCCCCAGCUUUGAGGGCCCUCGCUGCGCCACCACUGCCUCUAGCCACGGUUCUUCUCGUCUCGAAUCUUAACGAAGAGAUGGUCACGCCUGACGCUCUCUUUACCCUUUUCGGUGUGUAUGGAGACGUCCAAAGAGUGAAGAUUCUAUACAAUAAGAAGGACUCAGCACUCAUCCAAAUGGCGGAACCUCACCAGGCACAUCUAGCGAUGACGCACAUGGACAAGUUGCGUGUGUUUGGUAAGGCGAUGCGCGUGAUGCUCAGCAAACAUCAAACUGUGCAACUACCCAAGGAGGGCCAACCAGACGCUGGCCUCACCAGGGAUUAUUCCCAGAGCCCGCUGCAUCGAUUCAAAAAGCCAGGCAGCAAAAACUACCAAAACAUUUACCCACCAAGCGCCACACUACAUCUGUCCAACAUUCCAGCAACCGUAUCGGAGGAUGACAUCAAAGACGCAUUCACUAAAAGGGGAUUUGCAAUUAAGGCGUUCAAAUUCUUCCCGAAGGACCGCAAGAUGGCGCUCGUCCAACUGCCUACGAUCGACGACGCAGUAGCGGCCCUUAUAAAGAUGCACAACUAUCAACUGUCCGAAUCCAACCAUUUGCGAGUAUCCUUCUCCAAAUCCAGCAUCUAAAUCAUCAAUCAUCAUGGAAUAUCACACAAUCGAUCGCCUCUGAAGACGGAACCUGACUGUCUUUAGAACCUUCUCACAUUGAUUACAAUUAUGUGUACGAGUUAAUGUGACAAGGUGCUAAAAGGUUUCGGUUAAUGUCGGCACAUAAUGUUGUUUUCAAAAUAAUUUCAAAUCAACUAUAAUCUUUUAUAUUUCAAAUGAAUUUGAUUCUAUAAUGAUAUUGUUGAAAUUGGAAAUUGCGUACUUCUGUGAAUUUAAUUUACCGACAUAUACUAGUCUCAGAGAGUGACAAUCGAUCGACUGUAAUCGCAUCGUACCUCUCCAUAAUCGAGAACAUCACUCGACUGAAUUC